AUGAAACCAUUGUCACUGGACGAUAGUUACAUUAAACCAUUGUCACUGAACGAUAGUUACAUCAAACCAUUGUCAAUGGACGAUAGUUACAUAAAACCAUUGUUACUAGACGAUAGUUACAUUAAACCAUUGUUACUGGACGAUAGUUACAUAAAACCAUUGUCACUGGACGAUAGUUACAUACAACCAUUGUCACUGAACGAUAGUUACAUCAAACCAUUUUACAUUAAACCAUUGUUACUGGACGAUAGUUACAUAAAACCAUUGUCACUGGACGAUAGUUACAUA